AUGACUACCGAAAACGUGUCCGUGAACAUCUCGGACAAGGAGAACUUCUUCCCCUUGAUCAAACAGCCAGUCUACAUGAUCGUCAUCUACACCGUCGCCUACACCGUUGUCUUCGUCACGGCGCUGGUCGGCAACGUCAUGGUGAUCGUCGUCGUCAUCAAGAAGAAGUCCAUGCACAGCAUCACCAACUACUUCCUCGUCAACCUCGCCGUGGCCGACAUCUUCAUGGCGCUGUUCUGUGUGCCUGUCAAUCUCAUCGUCAACUUAUACAACGGAUGGCAGCUGGGUUCGUUCAUGUGCAAGCUGACGCCAUACCUCCAGGGUGUUGCAGUGUGCGCUUCAGUUAACACUCUAGCUGCUAUAGCGUUAGAUAGUUCCCUUGUCGGCUAUAUCCCCGUCAACCGUGCCGGACAGUACGGUGUCAGGGACACUGACCCGGCGAAAUCUCCCGUUAAUAAAAUCGCAUCUGAGAUCACCCAAGGUCCAAACUUUCUCUCUUUACAUUCUGGGAGCGUGUACUUCGCCAUCUGCCACGCACUGGACAUGAAGAUAAACUUGAAGAAAUCGAGAAUUAUUCUUUUGACAAUUUGGAUUGUAGCGUUUGGAAUAAUGGUUCCGUGGCUCAUUUUCUACAACGAAAUCCUCUUCACCACGUCUUUGCAGAAACUGUACAUCUGCUACGAACUCUGGCCGAGUUUCUUAAUCCAGCAGAUCUACUACAUGGGGGUCAUCUUCAUCUGCUGUUACUCUAUGCCUCUGGUGAUGAUCGUCGCUUGUUACUUACUGAUUGGAUUAAAAGUCUGGCGCAGGGGUAACCUUGGUGAACACACCAGCAGCGCAGACGUCAUCCAGAGGUCAAAGGUUAAGGUCAUCAAGAUGCUAGUCGUCGUCUGCCUUCUGUUCGCCUUUUCGUGGAUGCCUAUGUACGGGUUGAAAUUCUGGAAAAUGGUGCAGCCUAACUUGGAGGAAGAGAACGGGAAGAUUUUCUCGGAGAUCCUCUUUCCAGUGUCGCAGUGGCUCGGCUCCUCUAACUGCUGCGUGAAUCCUCUCAUUUACUGCUUCUUCAGCAAGAAAUUCAGAAAAGGAUUCAGGGACCUGGUGAUGUGUUGUGAUUGGAAAGUCAAGUAUGUUUCGGGCUCUCCGGAAACACGCGUUACCACGUUACGGUGUAGUUCCAGACACAGCGUCAAUCAGCACAGACUGUAGCAAAUCGGUCAAGAAUAAGACCAGUCAAGACAAUUAAUCCACUUGAGAAAUUUGUGUCCGCCAUUUGCUUGAUUAACUCGAUUUCUGACGAUAUCACGCCGGUCGCCCAAACACGGUAUCCUGUUCAAAUAAGGUAUCGCAAUGGUGUAUUUCGUUUUCAGUCUUGAACACUGGCGGAAAUUUUCCCAGAACGGAC